CAUGUUGAUAGGGUAAUAUCACGGCCGGACAUACUGUACAAUAAUACGUUCCGGCCGAUUCGUCUCAGCUCUUCUAUUCGUAAGUAGCAUGUGUUACACCUAACUUCCCACCAUGCGAUAUUCCGAUGCAGCACACCCCUGCAGAUAACGCUGUUGUUAAUCCGAUGAAGGCUUGUGACCGGGAAUCUUGAUCGACUAAGAAAGUCCAGUUUAUCACAAGUGAAUGGCGACAGUACCGUGUAUGCCUGGCAUGUGAAGAAGGAUUGCGGCUGUCUAAGUGGGCUAACUAUGAUGUCGAUGAACCAGCAAUUGCGGUGAGAAGAUUGACCACCGUCGAUACUGCUCGGCAUCACGUCGAAGGCUGGCAGACGACCGAGAUAGCUGUCACGGUAGUUGGGGAGAUCCUCUACGCAAGAAGGCCAUUUCCGUUUCCGUCUCAAAGACCGACAUCCAAGUGAAGGCAUAAGCAUCCGAGUUAGAGGAAUGUACAUAUCAAGGGACGAUAGAGGUGGCGUUGGGGACAGGGUGAGCAGACAGUGUGGCUUCCAGACCCCGCGUUGGUCUUCCAGCAGAGCUCUACAGGUGGUGCACAGUGUCAGGGUUUACGACUAAGCCAUUUCCAGACUGGCGCUGUCGAUCGAUUUACCCUGACCCCAUAAUUCUGGGAGAGAUGUGAAGGGAGCGAGCAAAAUUCUCAGGUGCGGUGCGAGUCGUGAGCAAAGAAGCCGUCGGCACAAUUCGAUGUAUGUGAACUCCGUUUGUGACGAUCAUCGGAUCCCUUCCCGCGAUGACCUUCAGGCACAGUCACUGGACGAGACAGCCAGGCUGCCGAUGCAACGGAGCAACAGCCUUUUAGGGUACUAGCAGACAGCCAAGUGGUUGCAGAUUGGCGGUCUGCUCGUGGGAAACCUGCCGCCGAGGUGCAAGCCAAAGGAUGCAAAUGCAAUGGGGAGAGCAAAGCCAAGCCUCGCGCGCGGGCUGUUUCUGGACCAUCUCUCUCUGUGGGCGUAUAUCUGGAGCAGCGGAGCUAUCUGGGAAGAAAUCGGAGCAAUCAGCAAGGCUAGCCGGUGGGCUUGCUCCGGUUUGACCCAGCGAGCGAACGAGGGCGCUGUCGUGGAUUCAUGGCUUUUCUUGCUGCGUCUGUGCAGGCCGUGGGCGGGUGGCAAUCGACUGACCAUUGCGUUGUUGUGUCGUUGGCGGUGGAGAGCUGAUGUUGAACACGACCGACGUGAUUUGAUGCCGAAAAACGGCGGCUGCUGUGCCUGGCCGUGCUUGGAACCUUAGCGGUUUAGCUUGCCAUCCGCCCCUGGGCCGCACCUUCUCGAACGCCCCCUCCAUCCCAAAGGGUAGCUGCUGGGUGGUGCUUUCCUACACCACCCUGGCGCUUUUUUUUUUGCAAUCCAGCACGCCCUGACCGCCUUCCCUUGUCCACCACCCCACUGCCUCCCUCUCCUCCUUAAAAUCCCUAACCCCCCGCAGUCUUGUUCUUUUCACUUUUCCGCUCUGCCUGCUUUUCCUCUCAUCUCUGUCGCCAUUGACAGCAACUGGGUCCCCUCCUCCCACUCGCCCUUCCGUUCGUGUCGCUCUGUGGUAGCUUGGUCUCAACAAGUCUCCUGCGUCUCAACAGUACCCCCUCCUUAUCGCCCAUUGUAAUCGGUCCAUCAUCCGGGACCCUCGAUAAAUCUUCUGCCCUUCUUCAUCAACUUCUCUUUCUGCCAGCAAAAUCCAUUGCCCCGCUUCCAAGAUGGCUGCUACUACUGCUCGACCCCAGAAUCCUGUCCUGAGGAGAACUGUCACCUCGGACACGGCUGCCUCGUCUUCUGUCAACUCCGCCAACGUUUCUCCCUCCGAUUCCAUUGCCGGUUCGGCGUCCAACACUUCGUUGUCCUCCCUCGAGUCCACUGAUGCCAAGUCGUCUCGCGGCAAGCUUCUCGACACCAACGGCAAUGAAUUCGAAAUCCCAGACUACACAAUCAAGCAGAUCCGUGACGCCAUCCCCGCUCACUGUUUCGAGCGUUCGGCCGUCAAGGGCUUCUACUACGUUUUCCGCGACAUCGCUUCGUUGGCCGCCACUUUCUAUCUCUUCCACAACUAUGUGACCCCCGAGACGAUUCCCUCGACCCCCGUCCGAGCUGCCUUGUGGGCCGGAUAUACGGUCGUGCAGGGCCUGUUCGGAACUGGUCUCUGGGUCAUGGCCCACGAGUGUGGUCACCAGUCCUUCUCUACCUCCAAGGUGCUCAAUGACACUGUGGGCUGGUUCGCCCAUUCCGCCCUCCUCGUUCCAUACUUUUCGUGGAAGAUCUCUCACGGCAAGCACCACAAGGCUACCGGUCACAUGGAGCGUGACAUGGUUUUUGUGCCCAAAACCAGGGAUGAGUAUGCUUCUCGCAUUGGCAAAUUCGCGCACGAACUUCACGAAUUGACUGAGGAGACUCCCAUCGCGACUGCUAUCCACUCGGUCGGCCAGCAGCUCGCCGGCUGGCCCUUGUAUCUUAUCGCCAAUGUUACCGGCCACAAUUACCACGAGCGACAGGCCGAGGGUAAAGGCAAAAGCAAGAAGAAUGGUUUUGGGGGAGGUGUUAACCACUUUCUGCCCUCCAGCCCGCUCUACGAGAAGAAAGACGAGCACCUCAUUCUCCUCAGUGACCUCGGUCUCGCCCUCACCGGCAGUGCGCUGUAUUACGUGGGUAGCAACUUCGGGUGGAACAAUCUCCUUGUAUGGUAUUUCAUUCCAUACCUUUGGGUAAACCACUGGCUCGUGGCCAUUACCUUUUUGCAGCACACCGAUCCCACUCUACCCCACUACGAUGCGCAAACCUGGACAUACACUCGCGGUGCUGCCGCUACCAUUGACCGUGAAUUUGGGUUUGUUGGUCGCACCCUUCUCCACGGCAUCGUCGAAACCCACGUUCUCCACCACUACGUCUCUCAGAUCCCCUUCUACAAUGCCGACGAGGCUUCUGAGGCUAUCAAGAAGGUAAUGGGCAAGCACUACCGAUCUGAUACCGAGGGUGGCGCCAUUGGUUUCCUCAAGGCCAUGUGGACCAGCGCUCGCAGGUGCCAGUGGGUCGAGCCCAGCGAGGGUGCCGAGGGUGAGGGCAAGGGUGUUUUCUUCUUCCGUAACAGGAACGGCUACGGCGUCCCUCCCCAGAAGCUCUCUGCCCCCACUGCAAAGGCUACUGCUGGAAACGGUGCGAAGAUGGAGAUUGGUGCCGAGAGCGACAACGAAUAA